UAUUUUUUUAUAUUAUAUAUAUAUAUAGUGCAGCCUCGGGAGGGGUAACGCAGAUUUACAAAUCAUCCGGACUGCCUCUUUGAACGCAUUCCGUCAGCGGGGGGACUUUACCAGUUUGUGAAGUGAAUCGGCUUCCGGUUGCAGCUCCUCAACUUCCUCUGAAAACAACACCACGUGUGUGAGGGGAAUGAAUGGGUUGCUGUCAGCUCUGUACACAUGCACGUUAAACGGCGCUGACAGCCCAAUUUACCGUUAACGGUUAAAACGCGGACCCCCGAGAGACGGCCCGACUGCUCGCCAUGAGUUUUGUGGAGUACUCUGACCUCAUUCGGGACGGCGACGUCGCCAUCGUCUACCUGGGCCACGAAUCCAUGAUGCACGUCAAGGUGAAGCAGGGCGCCCAGACGCAGACUCGCUACGGAGUCAUCCGCCACUCCUCCGACCUGAUCGGUCGGCGCUACGGGUCGAAGGUCACCUGCAGCAAAGGCGGGUGGGUGUACGUGCUUCACCCGACGCCGGAGCUGUGGACGGUCACCCUGCCGCACCGCACGCAGAUCCUCUACACCACCGACAUCGCCACCAUCACCAUGAUGCUGGAGCUGAAGCCGGGGUCCGUGGUCUGUGAGUCAGGGACCGGCAGCGGCUCGCUGUCCCACGCCAUCCUGCGCUCCGUGGCCCCCACGGGGCACCUGCACACGGUGGAGUUCCACCAGCAGCGGGCGGAGAAGGCGGCGGAGGAGUUCAAGGAGCACGGCGUGGACGGGCUGGUCACCGUCCGGAACCAGGACGUGUGCAAGGACGGCUUCGGGGUGAGCGGGGUGGCGGACGCCGUCUUCCUGGACAUCCCCAGCCCCUGGGAGGCCGUGGGACACGCCAAGGCGGCCAUGAAGAGACACGGCGGUCGCGUGUGCUCGUUCUCCCCCUGCAUCGAGCAGGUCCAGAGGACGUGCGAGGCGUUGGCCGAGGAGGGCUUCGAGGAGAUCAGCACCCUGGAGGUCCUGCUGAGGGUCCACGACGUGCGGACCGUCUACCUGCCGCUGCCCGACUUCGGCGCCGACGUCUUCGCUCAGGCCCGGGCCGACGGCGCCGAGACCAAGCCUCAGACCCCCGUCGCCCUGAAGACCACCACCCCGCCCAGAGAGAUGCAAGGUCACACGGGGUACCUCACCUUCGCCACCAAACCCAGGACCUGAAGUCCUUCGGCUUUUAAUGCUCCCGUGUGUUUUCCAUCCACCAGAAUAAGACUGUGAUAAUCCGGUGGGGGGGCGAGGGGGGGUCACCAGGUCCCAACUGGCACCAAGAGGAUUUAUACUUUUGUUACAUCCUUUUAUUUUUCCUGUCACUUGGAACUGGUUUGUUGCUUGAAUCAAGCACGAGGAGAAAUGAGUCAACGUAGAUUUGGUUUACUUUUACUAUACUUUUAUCCCCUUUUAUGAAACUAUUAUUAAUCAGUUAUUUCAUCCAUGCGGGGGGGAUUUGUGCUUUUGAAUUCAAGUAAAUACAACAGAUGGGUGAAAAGAUUGAUGUUGUUUGUUCUGUUGCACCACGAGAAGAGAAAUGAAGAUCUACAAUAAGAACUCAUUGUCUUCAGUAGAACCAGACUUUACUGUCUUUGUUAGCGUAGCAAACAUAACUAACUAACUCCAUAUUUAACAAUCGGAUGCAACAUUUUGACCUUUAGAGCUGCUGGGAGGCCCGACGUCUCUACGAAGGGAAUCCAGCGGGAAUGUUUCAGAGGAAACCGACAUAUUUAAAUAUUAAACAAUAUUUAACACUAAAACAGAUCACAUCUGAAUUACAGCUCAACUGUUUCUAUUCCGCUUUCCUUCCAAAGAUAUUCAGUGUUUAAAAGUAAAUCUGAUGCUCUCUGACGUGUAGUAUCUCUGCAUCACCUGCCUGCGGUCCCUUAACGGUUUAAUCCCUGAGGAUUACCGCAGGUUAUAAAAAGCACCAAGGCCGUCUAAGUCGGUGACAGGUUGAGCGCCAGCAGACGAGUUAAAGGACCAAUCACAGGGAGGGAAACACAAGAGGGAAUUGGCCACCGGAGCAGAUUGGAUUCGGCGCGGCUCUUCUUCUCUGCUUUCAACCAACGCCGACUAGCUGGUGUUCAUGGUCUGUUAGAAUGUCAAUCACAGUAAGCCCCGCCCCAACGCAUCCCCUGCUCUAUGGUCUGUUGGACUCUAAAUUGACCAUAAUUCACUAAAUUAAAAGACUUGAAACUAGAGACUUAGACAAUAAAGGAUGAAGGAAAAUACCAUAAACCACAAAUAAACAUCCACAAACACUCGUUUGAGGACGUAAGGCUGACACUUCAUGAGAUCAUGCUGGGCCGACGCCCCGAGCACUCAGAACCAGAACCAGCAGGCGGCCCCCCAAAGGUCCUGAUCUGAACCCCACGAGGGUCCUGAUCUGCCCGGCCGGGUGCCGGCAAUAGCCGCUGUGACCUGCUUGAUAAUCCUGACCACGUAAUCCGCUUGUCCUC